UGUGUUUUUCCUCUGUAACAAGAGACCGUUCAUGUGCCCUACAGUUAAGACGGUGGCAGUGUUGUUGUUUUUUAAGUUCCAGAUCUCUUUAUAAAAAAUAGAUUCCUGUCCUGUUAUGAUCUGGAGCCGGGUGUUAUGGAUCCCACUCGAAUGUCUUUUGGGCUCAAUUAAAAGUUUUAAUAAAGUUCCAACAGACACCCUCAGAAUGAGUUAACUCGCAUGUCAUGGUCACUCGGGCCAGACAACCUUUGACAUCUUGAAUCUAUCAGAGGUACAGUGAGUUAGGAGGAUGCACAAUACCCCAUUGUGGCAGAAGAUGCGAGCCCCGUUGUGUCGAAGAGAGCCCUCAAAUCAUUACUGCCCUCGUUAGUGUGCUGUCCGUUAGGGAUUAAUUUGUUAGCAGGGCUUUUUUUUUUUUUUAGUUUCUGUAAUUAUUAUUCUUGUGGCAAAGCGUGAAUUUUUUCCAGGGAGAGAAAUUUUGCUACCAGGACAAUGCAUGUAUUAUCUGCUCCUAACUGGACCGUGAAUCUCCGUUCAGCUCACAUAGAUAUCAGGGGUUUGUUUUGGUUUUUGGUUUUGGUUUUUGGUGUGUUGUUUUUUAAAGGCUGGUGAGUGGAAUUACAAUGAAACCGAUCAUGCCAUUGUUUUGUAUGAUAUGCUGAAACAACUAAGAGGGAGCAGAGAGUCUUACACACACGCCCAGGAAACAUCUCCCAGAUCCAUUUUGGUGUCAUUCGGAGAAGUUUAGGAUGUCUGUGGACUUGGAAGACAUGAAAAUGUGAAAUAUGGAAGGCUUUCAUUCUGCAGCUUGGCGGAUGAAUUUCAUCCCUUCAUUGAAGCACUUCUUCCCCAUGUCCGAGCAUUUGCAUACACAUGGUUCAACCUACAAGCUCGAAAGCGAAAAUAUUUCAAGAAACAUGAGAAGCGCAUGUCAAAAGAGGAAGAGAGAGCUGUGAAGGAUGAAUUACUAAGCGAAAAACCUGAGGUCAAACAAAAAUGGGCAUCCAGGCUCCUGGCAAAGCUACGGAAAGACAUCAGGCCUGAGUACCGGGAGGAUUUUGUUCUAACUGUCACAGGGAAAAAGCCUCCAUGUUGUGUUCUUUCCAAUCCAGACCAGAAGGGCAAGAUGAGAAGAAUUGACUGCUUACGCCAGGCAGAUAAGGUCUGGAGGUUGGACCUUGUUAUGGUGAUUUUAUUUAAAGGUAUUCCGCUUGAAAGUACUGAUGGCGAACGCCUUGUAAAGUCCCCACAGUGCUCAAACCCAGGGCUGUGCGUACAGCCGCAUCAUAUAGGGGUUUCUGUUAAGGAACUCGAUUUAUAUUUGGCAUACUUUGUGCACGCAGCAGAUUCAAGUCAGUCUGAAAGUCCAAGCCAGCCAAGCGAAGCUGAUAUUAAGGACCAGCCAGAAAAUGGACAUUUGGGCUUCCAAGACAGUUUUGUCACAUCAGGUGUUUUCAGUGUGACUGAGCUAGUCAGGGUCUCACAAACACCAAUAGCCGCAGGAACAGGCCCUAAUUUCUCAAUCUCAGAUUUGGAAAGUUCGUCAUACUAUAGCAUGAGCCCAGGAGCAAUGAGGAGAUCUUUACCAAGCACUUCCUCUACCAGCUCAACAAAGCGCCUCAAAUCAGUAGAGGAUGAAAUGGACAGUCCGGGUGAAGAGCCAUUUUAUACAAGCCAAGGGCGGUCUCCAGGGAGUGGCAGCCAGUCAAGUGGAUGGCAUGAAGUGGAGCCAGGAAUGCCAUCGCCAACUACAUUAAAGAAGUCAGAGAAGUCUGGUUUCAGCAGUCCCUCGCCUUCGCAGACCUCCUCCCUUGGAACAGCAUUCACACAGCAUCAUCGACCUGUCAUUACAGGACCCAGAGCAAGUCCACAUGCAACACCAUCGACGCUUCAUUUUCCAACAUCACCCAUUAUUCAGCAGCCUGGGCCAUACUUCUCACACCCAGCAAUCCGCUAUCAUCCUCAGGAGACUCUGAAAGAGUUUGUCCAACUUGUCUGUCCCGACGCUGGUCAGCAGGCUGGACAGGUGGGGUUCUUAAAUCCCAAUGGUAGCAGCCAAGGCAAGGUGCACAAUCCAUUCCUUCCUACCCCAAUGUUGCCGCCGCCACCUCCGCCACCAAUGGCUAGGCCUGUGCCUCUGCCAGUGCCAGACACAAAGCCUCCAACCACAUCGACAGAAGGAGGUGCCACCUCUCCCACUUCACCAACCUACUCGACACCCAGCACGUCCCCUGCAAACCGAUUCGUCAGUGUUGGACCACGGGAUCCAAGCUUUGUAAAUAUCCCUCAACAGACGCAGUCGUGGUACCUGGGAUAAAACUCACAGCUUCCCACCAGACAGACCACCUGUCCCCUUCCCAACUCUGCAAUAUGGAAGCAGCAGCAACACAGCGCAGUUACUUCACAUCCGUGGAAGGGAAGAUGAACAGAUAUUGACAGUAAAUGCUGUUCAUACUCAGAAGCGGCAAACGUUAUGGUUGAUUGACAAAGGCCGUAACAUUGUUGGGGGGAAGGGGAUUUUUUUUUUUUUUUUAAGAACACCUUAGUGACUGAUGUAAUUUCUCAUAUGGUGCUGGAAAUGUUUAGGCUUCAUAAUUUUGAAGUGUUUCAACUGGUAGUGUAAGCAUUAGGGACACUGGGUAGUAGAGCUAGCCUACUGGCUGCUUACUGACUUGCUGUUAUAACACUUUCCAUACGGCGCCUAACUGUUUUACAGUAUUUUCACUGAUUUAUUUCCCAUACAAGUGUGAGAUUUCUUGAGAGAUCAUGAGGAACUCACAUAAAUGAUAACUUUUGUAGUAGCUGAAUUCUGCAAUAUAGAACUUACAGGACAGAUGUGGGGCAUGUUUUUCUGUAACAUAUCAAGACUUUUUUUUUAAUUUUACAGUCAGCAGUUAUCUAUGUGACAUAAAUCAUUAAAGCAUUAUCAACAGGUUGAUACCACCCAAGUUGCAGAGAAAUAUAAAACAUCAACCUACUACUGUUCACACAAAAAAGAAAAAGGUUUUAAAUGCUGCACUUACAUAAAACAUUUUUGACAAUUUUCAACAAUUACAUAAAAUCCACAUGGAAAUGGGGAAGUUGGUCUGUUUUGAUAGAAACUGACAGGAAUCAAUCAAAACAAUCGAAUUUUGAAUUGAGAAAAGUGCAAUUUCAUUGGAUAGCUAAAUAUCUUUGUAAGAUAGAGAUUGUUGAAAAUUCUAUUUUUGUUUUCCAAGUCCUACCACCCCAGGACUCUAAAUUAUUGGGGUAAAAAACAGCCUUGCAAGAUUAAAAAAAAAGGGGGAGCUAUUUUUGCUUUUUAUGUUUUUUAUUGUUAAACUUGUAUCCCUUUAAAACUGAAGGAAAUUUUAAAAAAAUACAAAAUUUAAUGGUGCUUUUACCACAAUAUGUUAUCUACACUAAAUGCUAAUUAAUCAUUUUCUUUUAUCAAAGCACAUAAUUAAAAUUAAAUCAUAAUAUCUGUUAAUUUUAUAAGCUAAAAGUCACUAUAAUAGAUUAUGCCAAUUCUGACAAAUUGUAUGUGUUUCCGGCAAUAUAGGGUAUAUCACUUCUCAAAAUUCCUUGGCCACAAUCCAACACAGAGGUAGGUACACUUAAGCCCUUUGGGAGGAUGGGGGAAAGGGUUUUAAGCACGCCUAACCCUAGAUUGGAUUGUUGCUUUGAGAUAAUAAUAGAGAGCUGUCCAGAAAAUGAAAUGCCUUUGUAUCCCUGUACUGGCUUUUUUUUUUCUGGAUUGCAAAGACAUCUACAGAAAAGCAAAAUUCUGUCUCUACAUCUUAUGCCAGUUCAAAGCAAGGGCACUUGCUAAAAAAAAUUAGUUUGGACCCCAAAUGUCCUGUAUCUUAUGUACAAAAAAUGAAAAAAGAAAAAAAAAUAGGAAAAGAAUGCAAGUGGUUUUUUUUCUAUCAGACAGCGGAGCACCCCUUUGCUUCCCAAUGCAACUUUAAGGUUUCCUAUAUUAUACAUAUAUAUACGUUCUGGUUGGCCAGUCCAGCUAAUCAGAGAAAGUCUCUGCAUGUUCUAGUGUUAGUAACUAAUUUUUAUAUAGUUAAUGUAGGGUAAAGUAGAGUGCAUUAAGACACAAUAUUGUAAUCCCUAAUCCAGGCACUUGCCUUUAAACUACGUUUGUUCGGCCCUUCAGAAGGGUUUCUACUACUGUCCUAUACAAUCAAGUAAACUGAAUUUCUUGGGAAGACACUUUGCUCCUCAUCUUUUCCCUGAAACUAAUUUUUUUUGUUUUGUUUUCUUGAUUUGCACGAAACAAAAAAAAAAUUCCAUAUCAAUGUGCCUUGCCCUGGAUAGCGAUUAUUUGUGGAAUUGUUGCACAUGUUCCUAUAUUGAAAGGGUUUUCCCCCCUAGUCAAGCAUUUGGAGACACUUUCUUGUAAAUGUGACUUUUAUGUCAGCCAUUGUCAGUUUCAGCAUCUUAGAAUUCAGUAGAAUGUUAGUUGUUCCACAGAUAGGGGUAGUGUUUUCUUGUCCUGUAUGGUCAGUGGCAGUGCUAUUCUAAGAUCUGUAGAUGCUAGAUUAUCAGUAUUUUUGGAUGUUGCUGCAUUUUACAUUUUAUUUGGAGUCUUCCUUUUGGUUUUUUGUUUGUUUUUUUCCCAGAUAUAUGAAAAUAUGCAAUACCUGCUUAUAUCAUGUAGAAAAAAAGCUUAGCAAUUCUUAAUUUUCUUUGACUUUUUUUUUUAAUUUGACCAAAGUCAGUGCUUUACUUGACGCAGUGUGUUUUAGGUGUUUGUCUUUGUACUUUUUUUUUUUUUUUGGUGAUUUUUUGAAUGCACACGCAGGAAGGGCUCUUCUUAGAGAAGCAGUCAAACUGUGAAGCACUAAGCUGAACCCUGCUUCAAGCAAUUUUUGUUUUACAACUGUUCCUUUCACAAGCAAGCCUUAAAAAAAAAACCCUCCCUUUUUCUUCAGAUCCCACACCCAUUUUUAUUAGCAGAUUGCAAUCAAUCCACAUUCAAUAAAAAAAAUAUAUAAUGCCCAUUUUUAUAUGCACGUUUUUAAACUUCCAAGUUCUGAAAAUUGUUUACUGGUUAUUCUCUAUUUAAGGAAAAAAAUGUUUUGGAUUUUCAUAUAUGUCAAAUAAGUGGUUGAGUAGUCAUUUGCUCUGUUGUAUUGUGUGAUUGUUAGUAUUAUGGUAUCACACCCACUAGCCAGCAUCCUUUGCCUUCCCUAUAGCACUUAGCAGGGCAUUACUUUAUUAAGACAUAUGUGCACUAAAAAAUAAAAAAUAAAAAAAUUAGCAGCUUUCAGUGCUUCACAGUGAAGGGAAAAAAGCCUAGACAAACAUUUUGUCAGAACCUUGCUAUAAGCCAAGGUAUUACCAGUAAAUUGGUUGUAUAUACAACAAAAUUGCACCCUUUUUUAAAAAAAAACAAAGCAAACUAAGCAAUAGUUUGGGCAGUUAGUUGUUUUUAGUGAGCAUGUCGUAGUCAUGGCCGCAAAGAGAGAGAAUCAAAGCUGCCCACUCAGAAGCGAUGUAAUUUGUAUGUUGUAUAGUUUUAUUGAUUACACUGAUUUAUUCUACCCUAUUUUAUAAUGCAGGACUUUUGUAAUGUUGUUUAAAUGAGGAGAAAUUUCUGUCAAAUUAGCUUAGUGGAAUUUCUGAUUGUUCGUUAUAAAGGCAGCAUUCAUAGAAUUGCUUUUUUCCCUUUGGGAACUGGAUUUAAGUUAAAAACUUUCCUGUUUCCUUUUUGUAUGUAUUUAAAUACAGUUAUUAUUUUUUUCUUCUCUCAAUAGUAUAGCAUAUUCCUAUGCUUGAGAAGUAUAGGCUACUGAAGAACCAUUGUAAAUGGACAUUACAGAUAUGCUGUAUUUUUGAAGGUGUUUUGUCGUAUUAAGUUUGAAGACGGUAAAGUUAGGGAAUUCUGAUCGGAAUCGCAUAAAACAAAUUGCUUUAAAGGCUUUAAAUGUUAGGUAGGCGGUCAAGGGUGUUUACCAACAGGGGUUGUAAAGUAUUAAAGACACUAAAUUAAAUUUUGGUUCAUCUUAUUAUCAUGCAGAAACACAGCAGUUCAGAUCUGUUCAGGUGUGGAGAACAAACAGUGUUUUAUUCCUCAAAGUAGAGCAGAGAAUGGAGAUCUGAGGGGAGACAGCUGCAUGGGGUGUGCAGUCGACAAUGGAGAAAUAAUCCCGGGUCACACUUCAGAAUCCGAGUCACAUGUGCAUUGCCGAUUUCAAAAUUGCUUUUUAUUCUGUGUGCAAAUAACUUUUCUUUCUGACCCUUUCUUCAAAAACCGCCAGACGCACAAACACCGACUUUUGCCCCCUUCUUCCUCCUCAUCCAAAAUAAAAACAACAGUACGCCACAUGAAUUGACUCCACUAGUAAAUUUGUAUUCUCUUGGUCUUGAGCUUCUUGUCAUUCUGCACACCCCUGCAACACUGUAUUUAUUCAUCUUAUUUUAUAUAUAUUUUUAAAUGAUUGGCUAAUGUCAGCCAUGGGUAUACCUUGUCUGUAUUGUGUGACCUCUCCCUCUUCUCUUAAAAGUUGAAGAGUAAAGGAAUAGAACUUUUUUUCCAACUCCACAGUUUUCAGUCAGCCCACAGGAAUAUGCAAAUCCCUCUACCUAGAUUUCUUUCACUAUUUCCUUUUGUUCCAUAUACUUUGCAGCUUUGUAGUAACAGUGUUAACAUUUACUGUACACACACACACACACAAACAAAAGACAAAAAACCCAGAUACAUGGCAUAAACCAUUUUUUCUGUUGUGGUUUUUUAAAAGAAUGUCAAUUAAUAUUAUACUUUGCAUUGUGUCUCUGGAAAUAUCUUUUAUUAUUGUUGUUAUUAUUACUUUACUUUGGUAGAAGGCCUCCAUAGAACAAACACUGCAAACCAUAACCGGCAUGAAAAUGUAAGGAGAGCUUCAAUGGCACCUAAAAGAAAUUCAUCUUUCAUGAGAUUUCUUGGGGGAGGUCUCAUGAAGUGAACUCUGCCUACCAGGCAAGGUUUCCAUUAAAUCAAGCUUACAAAGCCAAUUUUGUCUUGAAGUCAAUGCAUGUAUUACUGUUUGACAGUAAAACCCGGCUAUGCCACCAUCAAGUCCAAGGCUGUGCAAUAGUCUAAUUAGUAUCGAGUACAUUUUCCUUUUAUUUUUUCCAAUAAAAAAGCAGUGGGAUGAAAAUUGCUUUGAUAUAUAGCAGGUAACAUUGAAGCUAUUCCAUAGCACUUAACUGUAGUGAAUACUGUGUCACCAAUUCUGAAAUCAAUUUAAUGUUUAAUGCAAAUCCAUUACAUGGUGCUAUUACAGGCUGGCAAAAUGAUUUACAAAAAUGUGACAACUUGGGCUCAAUUCACUCUGCUUUCCAACAAUGUAAAUGCAUAGCAGUGUUUAUCUGCAUGAGAACUAUGCACUAAUAUAAAUCUGAAAAAAAGAAAUAUAUCAACUUUGGUAUCUAGUUUCCGUUUACUUCAAUCCUUGCCUUUUUGGUCAUUAUUAUAAAUGCCAGCUUUAGGACAGAAAGAAAUAUAAGAAAACCAGCAUAAUACCUGAUAUAUUAAAAAUGUAGUGCCUGUGAAAUCUGUAUUAUAUUGCUCUUCUGAAGUAAGAUUUUUCUACACCAGUAGCCUUCGCUGUCUGUCAGAACCUUCUGAUAUAGGUGAUGUAAAAUAACCGUACAAUAUUAAUGCAUGCUAUUCCAUAAUGCUUAGUGAGCUGUAUGAAUAUUACUCAAAGUUAUGUUAGUCUUUUUUUCUGACUUGGUUCUUGUCAGAUAGGUUUAAAGAUAUUUCACUGAGAACACAAAUUCUGUUUUUUCUUGAUUUUCGGUGUUUUCAGUAUUUUGGAGAAAUACAUUGACUUAAAAUUCAGUAUUACUUAUGGGGGGCAUUCUUUUUUCUUCAGGUCAGGCAUGGGGUUUGAAAUCGAACAUCCGUGCCUGGUGGGUUUUUUGUUUUGUUUUUUGUUUUGUUUUGUUUGUUUUUUGCUUAAAAGCAUUCAUAAGAACUCUUAAGAGCUUAGCUCUGAAGAACUAUAAAGUUUCAAUGUAAGGGAUAAUUCUCAAACUUGGAACUGACUCUGAAAGUGGUUUCUUAAUGGACAGUGUUUAAACCAGGUACCCAUGCUUGGCCCUUCUUCACGCCAGAUCCCCUCAUAUUGAAACAAAUGUUUAAGAACCUUUAAAAAUCCAUCCUCAUGUGGCUAUUUAGUUUCAUGCACCAUUGCGGGGCUUUUUUCCUUUAAAAGAAAACUCUGUAUGGACGUUGGGCCCGAUUCAUGAAUUGUCACUAGGCAUUAACAUAGGAUUUUGGUGUGUGUUCCAAAUCUAUGGAAUUAAAAAAGACCUAUGUCAAGGUUCACUCAGUCAAAACAGAAUCCAAAAGACCCCAGAUUGGUAUAAUUACAAAUUUGUGUUAUUAAUAACAAUUAUUAUUAAAUAACUAUAAAAGCAGACAAUAACUCAUUCACAUACAAUAAUAAGAUUAAAAAGUAAUACUUAUAGCCAAAAAAGCUACAACAUCUAAUCACAAAAAUGGAUAAAUAUCUCAGAAAUACAACAAUAUGCAAAACCAUAAAAUAAAACACACAAAUAUUAAUAUCCAAACAUAACCUCCUGAUACAUUCUAUAGGGGCUAGUGCAGAUAAAUAAAUAGAAGUCCUUCAAGUAAAAGCUGUGUUCAUUGCCAAAGGACUUGAUCAUCCACUAUCUUGUGGCUUCUGCAUCAUCACGGUACUUGAUUGCUGGCCGUGCUAGAUCACCGAAUGCGUUUUUCAGCUCUGUUGAGAGAGCUACUCCUUAUGUAGAACCGAGAGUCCUUCUUAGAAUUGAACUGUUGAUAGGUGUUUCUUCCAUUGGCAUAUUGUGAAUAAAUGGACUCAUGCCACUGAAGAAGGCCUGAAUGGGCCAAAACACAUUUGGCAAUCUAAUACGGCUGGCAAUCAUAAGAACAUAAGAAUAGCCCUGUUGGAUCAGGUGCAAGGCCUAUCUUGUCCAGCAUCCUGUUACACACAGUGGCCCACCUGAUGCCUCUGGAGAGCCUACAGGCAAGAGGUAUGUGUAUGCCCUCUCUCCUGCUGUUGCUCCCCUGCAACUAGUAUUGAGAGGCAUUGUGUCUCUGAGGCUGGAGGUGGCCCACAGCCACUAGACUAGUGGCCAUUGAUAGACCUGCCCUCCAUGAAUUUGUCUAAGCCCCUUUUAAAGCCAUCCAAGCUGGUGGCCAUCACCACAUCCCAUGGCAAAGAAAUUUUGCACUGUGUAAAGAAGUACUUCCACUUGUUGGUCCUAAAUUGCCCAACCUUCAGUUUCAUGGGAUGACCCCUGGCUCUAAUGUUGUGUGUGUGUGUGAGACAGAGAGAGAUUAAUCUCUGUUCACCCUCUCCAUGCAUAAUUUUAUACACCUCGAUCAUGUCUUCCUUUAGUCACCUCUUUUCUAAGGUAAAGCGCCCAGAUGCUGUAGCCUAGCCCAAUAAGGAAGGUGCUCCAGCCCCUUAAUCAUCUUGGUUGCCCACUUCUGCACCUUUUCGAGUUCUUCGAUUUCCUUCUUAAGCUAUAGUGACCAAAGCUGUAUGCAGUACUCCAGAAGUUGCCACACCAUAGAUUUGUAUAAGGGCAUUAUAAUAUUAGUAUUUUUAUCUUCAAUCACCUUCCUAGUGACUCCUAGUAUGGAAUCAGCCUUUUUCAUAGCUGCCGCACACUGAGUCAACUUUUUUGGCUAUAUCUGUAUUAAUUUUGAAUCUUAUUGUUGCAUUUGAAUGAGUUAUUAAGGGCAUUCACACAUACAGCCAAACCUAGGUUAGGGCAGUCCAGCCUGUAUUAGGCUGCGCGUGUGAAGCGCCGGGAGUGAGGUCGCUCUUGGAGCUGCCCGCACACCAAGCCUGCGUUUUAACCUGGCAUUUAGCUGACAUUAAAUGAACCUAUGAUUCGCUUAACAUAGGCUGGCUAUCAUCUGGGAAAUCACUGCCGGGUUAAACGACUUCCCCCGCCAGCCCGCCACCAUUUCCGGCAGUGAGCUGAAGGGAAAGAGUAGUUGCGCUGAGCACGGCAGCUGCUGCACUCAUGCCCCAGGACACCCUGGAAUGCAGGAGGGGGAAAUCCUCCCUCUCCCUGCAUUUCCCUUUGCUACGCAGCUGCUCAUAUGGGCAUGUGGCACAGCAAAGUGGAUGCUGCCAUCUUGGGGAGUGUGUGGCUGAGGUCAUCUGCACAACCACAGUAUCUGCUUUUAUGGUUGUUUAAUAAUAAUAAUACAAAUUUGUAAUUAUAUCCAUCUCAGGUCUCUUGGAUUCUGUUUUUAUCCAGAUCUGACAGCGCUUUUUCUUUCUAAGACAACUCUAAACUUUGCCAUGUUAUUGUCAUCAAGAAUUCAAAUGAUUUCAUGUCCACCAAGGGACUACAAAGAGGCAGAGCAGACUUGGUCCCAACACCUACAGUAUCUACUUCACUUGACUUGAACAUGGGGAAAGGACACCAGAUGAUUUAAAAAAACCUGAUGACAGCAUCCUUAUUCUGCACUCUGCACAGAUCAUGAGACAUUUACUAUGCUUCUGAGCAAAAUGCAGUUCUUUUAGCCACAGCAAAAUCUGCUAGAUUUUGUGCAGGAGUCUUGCACGCCCUUUCAUGAUUCCUAGUUGAAAGCAGUGUGAGAGCAAACACUUACAAACCAGGAUUUCACCAGAUAUUUCACCCACACAAUCUUGCACUUUCAUGUACAGCCAUACUUUAAUUCAGUGAAAUUUUUUUUCAAGAUAGAAAGGCCGAGGCGGGGGUGGGUGGGUCGGCUUGGGAUAAUCAUGAUCCAGAGAAGGGAAACAGUAUGCAUGCAAGAGCUGAAAACAGAGUUUAGUAGUUCGGUGUGGAGGAGGCAUUCCAUCUCAACACAGUAAUGGAGAGCACAAACACUGAAUUAGAGCAAUGUGGCUGGGUGGACAGUCUUCCACUUAUACUUUCACUAUUGUUGCUGCUGUAAGAAGGCAGGAAACUGUGGUUUUGCAAAUAUUUUGCAGGCUUGCAAAAUAUGCUAGUAGGAACAUUCAGCUUAAGAGAAUGCCCACGAUAUACCUGCUGUUGGCUUCUUUGCACAAUUAAAUAUUCACCAGCUAACUUGCUCAGUUCUGCCAGUCAGGUACCUUGAUUUCAAUCUUCCAUUUAGAGUAACAAAGCACUUCCGAUGGACAUGUGAAAGAUCUGCUGCAAAAUCACGUAACCCCUGUGUUAAUACCCCUGUGUCUCCACUCUUUUUAUGAAUCGGGUCCCUUGUGCCUCUAGUAUUCUUGUAUUGGCUCUCAUAGUUACCAUUUUAGUUUUACUGUGUUCUGUGAAAAUUUGCAAUUGGUUGAGAAUCACUGUGGGCAUCCAUUCUUUUUCAACUAAAUCUCUGCAGGUUUUUUGAGCUGGUGUGGAUUAGUUUAACUCUUGUAUUCAACCAUUAGUGCUACCACCCUCUCACAUUACAAUACGAUUACUGGAAGCAAGUACUGCAUUUCCUAUGCAACAAAAAAGGAAAAUAAAAAAUUGCUAAUGCUAA